AUUCUUUCUGUUAACAGAUGUGUCUUAGAAGACAGCGUUUCGGAAAACACAAUUAAUCUUGUUUCCAACGACGCCCAAGUCAUUGAGAAAUUGGGACAUUAUGCUUUCAAUGCGUCAUUUGGAAUCCUGGAUGUAAUACUCGCUUUGAUUCUUCUGUGGUAUUUAGUAGCCUGGCAAGCUCUGAUAGGAGUUUUCUUCUUCGUCUUAAUCAUUGUCUAUAAUACCCUGGCAGGUCAUAAAUCUGGAAAGAUUCGCGCUAAAGCUGCCACACAAACUGAUAGAAGAUUGGAGAUAAUAAAAGAGAUUGUUUCUGGGAUCCGUUUGGUGAAAAUGUGCGCUUGGGAGGGGAACUUCAGGAAACUGGUUGCACAAUUGAGACGGUUAGUAGUUUCUGUUAGUUAA